CUGGUGUUACUGGCUGUCACUAGCCACCUAAUGUCAACUAAUGUUGAUAUUAGCAUUAUAAGCCAUACUAGUUUAAGGCCUUCACUCUACAUCCUGUAUAUAAAUCUUUUUUUCACCUGUCGGUCAUUUAUACUGAACUUUUAGCAAACAUACUGUGUCUUUAGAAAAAAAGAAAAUGAGAAACGGUAGUAAAUUGUUAAAAGUUCUUUUACAAGCCUCAGAGAAGGCAGCAAACAUUGCUAGAAUUUGCCGGCAAAAGGAAGCUCUUUUUCAAUUGUUAGUACAAGAAAAAUCUUUAGAAGAGAAAAACCCUCGUUUUUUCCAAGAUUUCAAAACGUUAGCUGAUGUUCUCAUUCAAGAAACUAUCAGACAUGACAUAGAAAUUGAAUUUCCAGAGUUGGCCAAGAUAGUACAAGGUGAAGAAACCAAUGUAUUCAGCAAUACCUUGGGAGAAUCUAUUAUUGUUGAGAUCUGUUCAUGUAGCAAAGAUACAACACAGCUACUGACAAAAGUUAUGGGCAAUGAUGCUGUGGCAGCAGAGUUGCUUGCUGCCGAAGUCCAUAAAGACAUUCAGCUUUCAGACGUGCCAAUCACAUUAGACAUUCCCAAUGAUUUCGAUGUCAAUAUAGAAGACCUUGGUAUUUGGAUAGAUCCAAUUGAUUCAACAGCAGAUUACAUAAGUGCAAUGGAGACAAUAGAUGAACAGACCGGUUUAUAUUUGAGUGGGUUACGUUGUGUCACUGUCUUAAUUGGAGUCUACAAAAAAAGUAUUGGAGUACCAGUUUUGGGUGUAGUUAAUCAACCUUUUUGCAUCAAUAUAGACUCGCAAUGGACAGGAAAAUGUUACUGGGGUUUUCUGGGAGGUGGAGUCGCGAAGUCUUCCAUAAGUAAUGCGUGCAACGUCGAUAAAAUCAUUUUACUUAGCCACUUUGAAGAUGCAGAUGUAAAAUCAAAAUUGUUAAACAGUGGAUUCAGAUUAGUGGAAGCAACAGGAGCAGGAUACAAGAUACUGAGCGUCGCUAUUGGACAGGCGGCUGCCUACAUCUUGUCAAAGGGUUCCACUUAUAAAUGGGACACGUGUGGACCACAAGCUCUCUUGUCUUCGGUUGGUGGAAAUAUCAUCGAAUUUAAAGAAUUUAUUGUGAAUCCAGAUUCAGACAAUCUAAGCGUGAAUUAUUUACCUAUUGGCACAAAUUUCUCUAAUCGUGCAGGUUUGAUAGCAUACAGAGAUCCUCAAAUUUUGGAAACCUUCAAGUGUAUUUUAUGUAAAUCUCGUUAAUAAGUAUGACGAGAUAUAUUAAUACUAAAGCUUGACAUU